AUGAAAAGGAGUGGGGCGCUCGACCCCGGCUCGGAGGGGAGCCCCGCCGCCGCCAGCUCUCCCCGCCGGCAGGGGGCGCUCGUCCCCGGCGCCGAGGGGGAGCCCCGCCGCCGCCAGCUCUCCCCGCCGACCCCCAGCGGGACCCCCGCACCCACACCCGGCCCCGCACCGGGCACCGAAGGGCGCCGGCCCCGCCCGGCCCAGGCCCUGCCGCCCCCACCUGCGCUGAGCCCCUCGCCCCCUUCGCCUUCCUCGCCCACCGAACCCCGGCCCUGCUGGCAGCUGAGGAAGGCGCUCAGCUGGGACCUCCUGCCAGACCCGCUGGAAGAAGAUUGGAUCCAGACCCUGGCCGAGCAGCUGGACGCCUGUCCCUGGAGCGACAGCCCCAAUCGCAGGCGGGCCUAUCGGCAGAAGCUGGCUGAGUGCUGUGAUGCCUGCUCCAUGCUGGUGGUGACCCAGACCAACGCCCCACUGGGGUCCACCCUGACCCUGGAUGGACAGCCCAGCCACCACAUCACCGUGCGCUCUGGUCUCCGACGGCUCUUCCCUGAGGUGUCCCCGUUCGGGCCCGGCGCCCCCCGGGACUGCGCUGUGGUGGGCAGCGGGAGGAUGCUGCAGGGCAGCCGCUGCGGCCAGGAGAUCGACCGGGCCGCCUUUGUCAUUAGGUUCAAGCUGCCCCCUCUGGAACUGACCAAGGAUGUGGGGACCAAGAGCCACCUGGUCACCCUGAACCCCAGUAUCCUGUCCCAAAGGUUCGGGAACCUGCCGUGGCGGCGGGCGCCGUUCCCGUCGGCCCUGCGCCCGCUGCGGGGAGCCCGGCUGCUGGUGCCCGGCUUCUCCUUCCUGUCGGGCGUGGCGGCGUCGCUGCGGGUGGCCCUGGCGCUGGAGGCCGGCGGCCGGCCCCGGGGUCAGGCGCUCUUCCUGCACCCGCGCUCCCUGGCCCGCCUGGCCGGCCACUGGGCGGGCCGCGGCCUGCGGCCCCCGCGCCUGUCCACGGGCUUCGUGCUGGCCGGCGCGGCCCUGGAGCUGUGCCGGGGGGCCCCGCCCCGCCUCUACGGCUUCUGGCCUCUCCCCUUCGGCCCCCGCAGCCGGGCCCCGUCCCGCCACUACUACGACGGGCGGCUCCCCCCGCCCGGCACCCGCCACAUGAGCCGCGAGUUCGCCCUGCUCCUGCAGCUGCACAGCAGCGGGGUCCUCAGGCUCCAGAUGGGGCCCUGUGCGUGA